GCAGACAAGGACGUCAAAAAGCCGACACGGACAGCAAAAAGAGGACACGGCCGGCAAAAAGGACGACAAGGACGGCAAAAAAGACGACGCGGCCGGCAAGAAAGACAAAGACGGCAAAAAAGACGACAAGGACAGCAAAAAAGACAAGGACGUCAAAAAAGAGGACAAUGACAGCAAAAAAGAGGACAAGGACGGCAAAAAAGACAAGGACGUCAAAAAGGACAAAGACGGCAAAAAAGACGACAAGGACGGCAAAAAAGACGGCCACGGUGGCAGUGCUGCUGUUCUCUCCAGUCUGCUUGUCCUCGCCACGGUCACGGCGGCGGCGGCGGUAAUGCCGCUUUGA